UGGCCGUGGCCGUGACCGUUGCCUCCGCGCGGCUCUGGCGGCGGCGGCGGCUCCCGGGGCUUGCAGAGGGCAGCGGGCGGCCCCUAGCCCGUGGCCGCCUCCAGCAGUCAGCGCUGGGACCGGGGGGCGAGGAGACGGCGGCGGGUAGUGCCCGGCCCUCCUCGCCUCCAGCCCCGGGCGACUGCGGACUCCGGGCAGUCCCCGGGCUGCGGCCAAGGCAGCGGAGCGGCCGGCGGGGAAUGGCGAGAUAGCGGCGCGAGAGCAGCCCGGCCGACCACGCCGUGCGACGAUGGACGCCGCCUCCUGUCUCAGACGACGGUCCCCGAGGGUGGCCGGCGAGAGCGUGAAGAUGACCUCGAAUUUCCGGUGGUUCUUACCAACAUUCACUCUGCUCUGUUUGCUGAGCCGCGUGAGCGGCCAGAGGAAGGGGGCUCCUCGCGACCUGAAGUGCACAACCAACAACCUGCGCGCCUGGGACUGCUCGUGGAAGGCGCCGUCCGGAGCAGGCCGCAGCGCUCUGUACGAAGUCUGCAUCGAGAACAGGUCCCCUCCAUGUUACCGAUCGGGGAAAACGAACACUAAAAUCCCGACUCUUCUGCCUGGCGAUCACGAAAUAACGAUAAACCCGCUGCACGAUUCCGGAAGCUCUCUAAGUAGAUUCACACUCAAUGAAAAAGAUGUCUCCUUCAUUCCAGACCCUCCAGAGAUCUUAGAUCUGUCCGCCGACUUCCCAGCCUCCACCUUACACCUGAAGUGGACUGACAGGGGCUCUGUUUUCCCACACCACUCCCGGGUCAUCUGGGAGAUUAAAGUUCUACGAAAAGACAGCAUGGAGGUCGUGAAAGUUGUGACCCACAACACGACGCUGAAUGGCGUGGACACCGUCCACCACUGGAGCUGGGCCUCCGACAUGCCCUUGGAGUGCGCCACGCACUCCGUGGGCCUGCGCUGCUACGUGGACGACCCUCACUUCUCUGGUCGCAAAGAGUGGAGCGACUGGAGCCCCCUGAAGAACGUCUCUUGGUCCACUGAUUCUCCCGGCAAGGUUUUUCCUCAAGACAAAGUGAUACUUGUGGGCUCAGAUAUAACCUUUUGUUGUGUGACGCAAGAAAAAGUGUCGUCGGCCCAGAUCGGCUAUGCGAAGUGUCCCCUUAUCCAUCUCGAUGGGGAGAACGUCGCUAUCAGGAUCCACAACAUUUCCGUUUCUGAAGACAGUGGGACAAAUGUGGUUUUCACGACCAAGGAAAACAUUUACGGAACAGUUAUUUUUGCAGGAUAUCCACCUGAUAUUCCCCAAAAGCUGAACUGUGAGACGGUCGAUUUAAGGGGGAUUAUAUGCACCUGGGACCCAGGCAGACCGACGGCCCUGGUGGGCCCACGCAACACCAGUUACACUUUGUCCGAAAGUUUCUCAGGAAAAUACGUCAAGUUUAAAAGAGCUGAAGCGCUCAUAAAUGAAAGCUACCAGUUACUCUUUCAAAUCCUGCCCGAUCAAGAACUGUAUAACUUCACUCUGACUGCUCACAACCCUCUGGGCCAGUCGCAAGCACGGAUUCUGGUGAACGUGACCGAAAGAGUGUAUCCCCGCACUCCGUCUUCAAUCAAAGUGAAAGACAUCAACGCGACGGCCGUGACGCUUUCCUGGCAUUUACCGGGCAACUUUGCGAAGAUUAAGCUGUUGUGCCAGGUUGAAAUCAACAAGAUGAAUUCAGUGCAAGAACUGCGGAACGUCACCAUCGCAGGGGCGGACGGCUCGCGGUACCUCGCGGCCGUGGGCAGGCUGCACCCGUACACCGUGUACACCUUCCGGGUGCGCUGUGCCACCGAGCCUUUCUGGAAGUGGAGCCGCUGGAGCGACGAGAAACAGUAUCUGACCACGGAAGCCAUUCCCUCCAAGGGACCAGACACGUGGAGGGAGUGGCGCUCCGACGGGAAAAACCUAAUCAUAUAUUGGAAGCCCUUACCCGUCAGCGAGGCCAAUGGGAAGAUCCUCUUCUACAACGUGUCCUGCUCGUCAGAUGAGAAGACCCAGUCCUUCUCGGAGAUCCCCGACCCCCAGCACAAAGCAGAGAUGCAGCUCGAUAAAAACGACUACAUCAUCAGCGUGGUGGCGAAAAACUCCGCCGGCGCCUCCCCGCCGUCCAAAAUAGCGAGCAUGGAGAUUCCCAAUGACGACCUCAGAACGGAGCAGGCUGUCGGCACGGGACGGGGGAUCCUCCUCACGUGGGGCCACGACCCCAACGCCACCUGCGACUACGUGGUGAAGUGGUGCAACGCGUCGCAGGCGGAGCCCUGCCUCAUGGACUGGAGGAAGGUGCCCGCCAACAGCACGGAGGCCGUCAUCGAAUCCGAUCAGUUUCGGCCAGGGGUGAGAUACCAUUUCUUCCUGUACGGGUGCAGAAAUCAAGGAUAUCAACUGUUACGUUCUGUGAUCGGAUACAUAGAGGAACUGGCUCCGAUCGUCGCUCCAAAUUUUACCGUGGAGGACACCUCCGCAGACUCGAUCCUGGUGAAGUGGGAAGACAUCCCUGUGGAGGAGCUCAGGGGCUUCCUAAGAGGCUACUUGUUUUACUUUGAAAAGGGAGAGAGAGACACGUCUAAGAUGCGGGGUUUGGAAUCAGGCCGCCCCGACGUGAAAGUUAAGAACAUCACCGACACAUCCCAGAAGACCCUGAGAAUCGCCGACCUUCAGGGCCGGACGAGCUACCACCUGGUCCUGCGUGCCUACACGAGCGGGGGCCUGGGCCCGGGGAAGAGCAUGUUCGUGGUGACCAAGGAGAACUCCGUGGGGCUCAUCAUCGCCAUCCUUAUCCCCGUGGCAGUGGCUGUCCUGGUCGGCGUGGUGACGAGCAUCCUUUGUUACCGGAAACGGGAAUGGAUAAAAGAAACCUUCUACCCUGAUAUUCCAAACCCAGAAAAUUGUAAAGCAUUACAGUUUCAGAAGGGCAUCUGUGAGGGAAACAGUGGUCUUAAGACGCUGGAAAUGAAUCCUUGCACCCCAAAUAACGUGGAGGUGCUGGAGACGCGCACGGCGGUGCCUAAGAUAGAAGACACGGAGAUCGUUUCUCCCGUCGCCGAGCGCCCAGAGGAGAGCAGCCCCGAGGCGGACCCCGAGAGCCAGGUGGUGGUGUCCUACUGCCCGCCCGUCGUCGAGGAGGAGGUGCCGAACCCCGGGGCGGACGAAGGCGGGGGCGCGUCGCAGGUCAUCUACAUCGACGUGCAGUCCAUGUACCAGCCCCAGGCGAGGCCGGAGGAAGAGCUGGAGACCGACCCCGCGGCGGGGGCGGGGGCGGCCGCGGGCUACAAGCCCCAGAUGCACCUGCCUGUCACUCCGGCCGCGGAGGACGCGGCCGCGGAGGACGGCGCGGACAAGAGCGCGGGCUACCGGCCGCAGGCCAGCGUGCGCGCGUGGAACCUGGCGUCUCCAGACUCGCCCCGGUCCACGGACAGCAACAGCGAGGCCGUGUCCUUCGGCAGCCCGUGCUCCAUCAACUCCCGGCAGUUCCUGAUCCCCCCCAAGGACGAGGACUCCCCGAAGUCCGGCGGGGGCGGGUGGUCCUUCACAAACUUCUUUCAGAACAAGCCCAACGAUUAGCGGCGUCCCUUCCGUCCGCCGUCUCAGUAAGCCGUUGUUGCCGUUGCCGCCGGCGCUGCCGCGUGGGCGGGCGCCGGGCGUCCUGGGGGGGCGGGGGGUGGGAUCCUGUGACGCGCGGUUGGUGCGGUGGACUCCACCGUGUGCGGGUUACACCCAGGGUGUUCCUGUGCUUUGUCGCGUGGCCCAGAAGCCGAACUACGGUGACGCAGACACCAGUCCACGUAACUCAAGACUUGGAGCUUUCUGUCAUUCGAGCCAAAGAAUUCCCACGCCCUCCGCCUCCAAGAAGCACUUCGGGCCCUGACACCGUCUGGCCCACACGUGCAGAUUCGUGCGGAUUCGCAGCCGCAGCCUCCAUUCCGUGGGCAUGGUUUUCUCCCGUGCGCGCACUUUGCAAGCGGAUUGGCAGGCGCGGGCGAGAAACGUCGGCGCAGUGGGCGGCAAGGGCCUGCCUGAGGUUGCUCCUCUCUGGAUGAAAACCAAGCACAGAUCUGAAACCUUGUAGCGUCCUUCUCCUCUCUGCAGCAUUGGCAACAAUUGAUACGGUGUUUGGUGUAGCGACAGCUCCUUGCCGUUCUGUUUGCUGGCAUGCGCCGACUUCUGUGCCUACUGUACAGUGGUGGUCAGGUGGUCCGUCUUCUCAGGGGUACAAACUCGGAAAACGAGCGUGGCUCUGGGCGCCCCCUCCCCCCAAUCGCGCUGUCCGCCCUCCGUCGGUCUCCCAGACCUCGCCGUUCCUUUUGUAACUCCCACGCGCGCUUUCCGGAUCGCAGGUGACUGCCCUAAUAGUUCAAACUUAAAUUCCUGAGACUACAGAGCUAGGGUGUUGCUUUUUUUUUUUUUAAUUUGGGUCUUUUGUUGUUCCACAGUGUCAGCUACAUAAACAUGUGAGCAAAAUCAAUAUCGCUCAUAAACAUUCAGUUCCAGUGACUUACUGUUUGAGACGACUAAGCAAUAUCGGGCGGCCUCCGCUGUCUGCGUAGUUCUGACUGGCUUCCCUUCCUCCUGGGACAACCACGCCCCGGAGCCGGCUCCCCCCGGGGGGGCAGGGACGCCUCAUGGCAGGUGUCCCUCCUGGACCGUGCCUCUUGGCCGCUCCUCCCUCUCACAUGAUCAUCAGUCCAGACGAUUCGGUCCAGACCUCAGCUAUUUUUUUUUUUAAAUAUAAACUAGAAAGAAAAAUGCUUCUUACAGGAACAGUUACUCAAGGGCUAUUUUGCAUGAGAUGUCUGAGAGCCCCCCAUUCGAAUGGACGGGCAGACCUCCGUCACAGUGGCUCCGUAGACCGUCCAGAGUCCGGUGUCUUCCCAGCAUCCUCGGCUGCCCUUGGGGUUCUCGGGUGAUGUCUGGACGGGACGUGGUCCUUAGAAAGGCAGGCGGAAAGUGUGUCUGACAGUGUGCCUGCCCUCAGGUCGUCUAUGCUCUGUCUCUGGAUACUUGAGGGAAGAGUCCUUACAAUUUUGAAAUAGCUGAGUAAGUCUAGAUAUGCCUGUUCUUUCUCUUUUUCUUUUUAAAUUGCCCGAGGUUCUGUAAUGUAUCUGUAUAUAACGGAUCAGUUCCCCUCCCCCCACUUGAUAAUGCACCUGUCUUUAUAAAAACCACGUCGUGGAAAAAAGCCACAGGGUGACAAAGGACAAAGUCUGUAUAGGUACUCUGUUAGGAAUCCUGAUUUUUCACUGCUAGGAGUCAGCUAAAUUCCUGAGCUUCGUGACAUACGGGCAUGUAAAAUGAAAAAGAAUUAAUUAUCUACCCACACAGUAUAUUAAAACCACGUCAUAGCUCAUAGAGAUUUUCAACAAUGAAACAGGCAUCAAACCAGAGCCCCCUCCCACCCCAGCGGAGUUUGCUCCCUCAUCUUACCUCUCCCCUUGGGCUCCCACCUGUGGCUGUCACCACCGGAGACCCGGAGACCUGGGGCUGCCUCCUGUCCCUGUUGGAGCUGGUCAUCAGGAUACCUCUCAUCUCCAGCUCGUGCCUCAGGCGCCAUCGAAACAAAUAGGUUCGUCUCUCGAAGACAGGUUGAGAGCUGGCGAAGGCGGGAGUUCAUGGGUCCAAGCGCCACUGAACUGUGGUCGUGGGAAAGGCCAGAAGUGACUGCGUGGUCUCUGUCCUUGGCGUUGGCACGCUCAGCUCUGACCCUCUGCAUCCAGCGCCCUUCCGCGUAAUGGUCCAUUUGUCUGGCUCAUGGUGCCCUCCCUUCGGCCCUUGAGCCCUUCCUCCCUGCCCAAGAAUUAUGCCCACUGUGUGUGCUGCCCAGUGGUACGCACAGAACACAUUUUCACGCCUCUCACGGCCAGCGCCACGUCAGGCCUCCCUUGUGAGGAGGGCAGGUCCUGGCGGCCCCUACACCUGUUUCUCUCCUGAGUGGCCCUCUGAAACAGACACUGCCGGAUACGCAAGUAUCGGAGAAGACUCGGGUAGGCUUUGACACCAGGUAGACCUUUCAUGUUAUGUGUUGCAUGGUGUGGGCCCGUGUGCAGCCAGAGCCUUCGGCGCGUGGAGCCUGGGUUUGAGGCCGAGGCCCUGAGGCCCGGGCAGCAGAUCUGGUGUGUCUCGGGGCUCGGGGUGGAGGGGCUGUGUUCCUGCAGCUCUGACCCAGAAGCAGCUGUUCACGGCAAGUCCCAGGGCGGGAGCACCAGCCUCGCAGUCCCACCAGCCUCACCGUCACGGCGCGUGGGUCUCAGGGGUGGCACUGAGAACAGCGCACCCUAAACACCGUGGCCAAAGUCACGUUCUCAGCACUUCCGUGCACCUUGUGUUCUUGUGGGUGAUGAGUCCCACAGCUUCUUAGUCAUCUUCAUAACACCCACACGUAAAAAGGGUCGCUGUCCUUUCUGGAUUUGAACGGAUGUAGUUUAGUAAAGGGGACUGAGGCCUAUUUUCUCCCAGAAGAAAUGUGAAGUCGAUUGUAGGGUGUUUGGAAAUUCAAGGACUCCCUAACAUGUCCAUAUGCAGAAAAUGUUAUCUCAAAAUCUUCUAGUGCUCCAGCACAUAAUUGGAGAAGACUUUUUGCUUGUUUCUUUAACGCAAUUUUUGCUGUUUUCUGUUAAAAUCUGUGUAUCCUUUGUGAAACCUGUUUUAGUUUGGAAGGGUAAAAUUGGGCAUCUCAAGAGUAACGUGGUGGGGUCAUCGGCUGAUUCCGAAGCUGAGGCACAUCGUGCAGGUUCCGUGCAUAGUUUUUUUUGUCAGCCGAGCCCCAUCCCUGACGGUGCGCGUUCAGCUGAGUUUUCCCGAGGGUCGUGCCCGUCGGGAUGGAACCCGUGCAGGCCCGAGACCGUUGGCCGGGAGACUGGGCGCCCUAGAAGUGGCCCCGCGGGCCGAGGAACCACCUGGGAAAGGCUUAUGCGAAAGCAUCACUGGGCAUCGCAUUUCCCCCGAUUUUAAGUGCUCAUUGUCCCUUUGUAUUGGGUGGGCGUGCAACUGGGGACGUGCCUGUGCCCAGCAGCCUGUGUCCCAGUGAACCAGCAGCAGCACACAGCUGCGCGAGCUCCGUUGAUGUCUGGAAGCACGCACUCUUUUCUCGGCGGCAUCUCUCUCAAACUGCUCCUUCCUGUGGAGACAGAGCUUCGUGGUCCCAUGCCCACCGUUUAUGUUCAACAGAGCCUUUCCACACAAGAAAAGGAUUUGUGGCCACACACCUUUUAGACAUGACCUCAGAAUAUCAUUGGAAAUGACCUGGUUUGGUUUCGGUCUCCUUCUGUCUUCAUGGACUCUAUACCGGGGCCGUCGUCCAUGCCGGUCUGGAGGGUGACGGGCAGCAUCCAGUCCACGCGUCAGGCUUUAUGGUGGGGGGGCAGCAUUUGAGGGGGUGCGAUCUGAUCGAGAACAUAUCCAAAUCCGUGCAAUUGCUGAGUUACGCCAGGGUUAUUUGUAACCACAAAUAUUCGUGCUUGCGCACCCCUCCCUUAAGAAUGUUAAUAUUUUGGAUUCCAAGUGUCCUGGUUGCACAGUUUACCUAUGCAAGACACAUGCUAACUGCGCAAGGCUUCCGUGAAAAUUCAAAGUAGAAUUUUGAGAAGAAAACCCUCUGGAUGCUUUUGUGUGUAAGUGCCUAGCUGAAGAACCGUAGAAACAAAAAAUUCAGAACCUCUUAAGUAAUAACCAAUUAAGUGUUAACCAGAUACAAACCAGUAGCGAUUUACAUUACUUUUUGGUUGCAAUAACGCACCCCCAAAACUAAGAGAUGUGAAUGGGUAAAAAACUAAUAAUCUAAUUGAAAAGGAAGUUGAUUAUGUGAUAUUUGCAUAUCUCUGCCAAGAUUGCCUUUGCAGUAGCCAGUCAGAACUUCUAAAAACAGAGCGAUAGCAGCAUAGACCCCACGCAGCACUUAAGCCAGAAAUACUCUGUGCCCGAUUGGAUGGCUCACUGAAGAGUACUGAGUCCCCUGAUACACACUGAAAACGUGCUUCCCUCUAGAGUUAUCCACUUCAAAUGAGUAACUUUCAAUUUCUGAACUUACUGUUUUCUCUAAGCAUUCCUGUGGCGUAUCAUAAAACAUCGGAAGAUUUCCUGGUGGUAACACCGUUAUUACUAAAACAUGGGCAAGUUAGCUGUUGGGUUUGACGUUGGUGUUUUUGCAUUUUGAUCAAAGGAAACAAUACCGAACAAUCCUUUUCAUGUAUUUUUUUUCAAAUAUUGUGCCCCCCACUUGAUUCCAAAUACUUCUCCCCAUUAUUUAUGAUAUAUCCUCCCAUUUCAUUUUUGUCUUCCAACAUCAUGUUUAGGGAAAGUAUGGACACGGCCUUUAAAAACAAAAAAAAACCAUUUCAGUUCAGUAUUGCUUGAAAAGCCCAGCCUGGAAAGAAAGACAUCCUGAAGUCGAGAUGGUGCCACCU